UCUGCGCCCCGCUUCGUUGCCAAGUCUCUGCCCCGAAAGUUCAGCUGGAUAUAGCGCCUCUUUUUCCGGACCUAGGAACCCCGCGGGGUGGGUGUACAACACGGUUGCCGGGACCUGUGUGUGUACCCCUCUGACUCGCGGGUCUGGCGCCCCGGAGCCCCACCCGGUAGCCCGGCUGGUCUUGCCAUCCCUGGCCUCUCCCAUCACGACUCUCACCGGGGCAGCGCUCUCGGCGCCUCCAGCACCGCCGCUAACGCGCCGCUUGCGGGGAAGGCUCGGAGAGCGGAGCAGAGCAGGAGGGAAGUGCUGCCGAACCUGGGAAAAUGCCAGUCGAGACAAGUUCUGCUUUCCCUCCCAGGUGUGUGAUUGCCCUGCCGGAACGGCUGAGUUGGGAAAGACAGAAGCAACGCCUGAUGACUGACCUGCCUCCAUCGUUUUUAACACUGAAGCCAGAUUGUUUUAACUAAAGAUGGAAACAUUGGAGUCGGAACUGACUUGCCCAAUUUGCUUAGAGUUGUUCGAAGACCCCCUCCUCCUGCCGUGCGCUCACAGCCUGUGCUUCAGCUGCGCCCACCGCAUCUUGGUUUCCAGCUGUUCCUCUGGAGAGAACCUCGAACCCAUCACUGCCUUCCAGUGCCCCACCUGCCGCUAUGUUAUAUCCCUUAACCAUCGGGGCCUAGAAGGCCUUAAGCGGAAUGUGACCUUGCAAAAUAUCAUUGACCGAUUCCAGAAGGCCUCUCUGAGCGGACCGAGUUCCCCCAGUGAGAACUACCGUGAGCGAUCAUAUCACCGCAGCCCGACCAUGUCGACAGUGGUGGACCGGAUAGCUUGCCAGUUCUGCGAGCAGGACCCUCCCCGCGACGCCAUCAAGACCUGCAUUACUUGCGAGGUGUCCUACUGUGACCGCUGCCUGCGGGCCACCCACCCCAACAAGAAGCCAUUCACCAGCCACCGGUUGGUGGAGCCUGUGUCGGACACUCACUUCCGGGGGCUGAUGUGCCUUGAGCACGAGAAUGAGAAGGUGAACAUGUACUGUGUGGCUGAUGACCAGCUCAUCUGUGCCUUAUGCAAACUGGUGGGGCGGCACCGGGAUCACCAAGUGGCAUCCCUGAGUGAUCGGUUUGAGAAGCUGAAGCAAACUCUGGAGAUGAACCUCACCAACUUGGUUAAGCGCAAUAGUGAGCUAGAAAACCAGAUGGCCAAACUGAUACAGAUCUGUCAGCAGGUGGAGGUCAACACAGCCAUGCAUGAGGCCAAACUGAUGGAGGAAUGCGAUAAGUUAGUGGACAUCAUCCGCCAGCGUAAGCAAGUGAUCGCUGUCAAGAUCAAAGAGACAAAGGUGAUGAAGCUGAGGAAGCUAGCCCAGCAGGUAGCCAACUGCCGGCAGUGCCUGGAGAGGUCCACAGUCCUCAUCAACCAAGCUGAACACAUCUUGAAGGAAAGCGACCAUGCGCGGUUCCUGCAAACAGCGAAGAAUGUGGCAGAGAGGGUUGCCAUGGCAACUGCAUCCUCUCAAGUUUUGAUACCCGAUAUCAAUUUUAACGAUGCCUUUGAAAACUUUGCUUUAGAUUUUUCCAGAGAGAAGAAAUUGCUGGAGGGGCUGGAUUAUCUAACAGCACCCAACCCACCUUCUGUCCGUGAAGAACUUUGCACCGCCUCCCAUGACACCAUCACCGUCCAUUGGAUUUCAGAUGACGAGUUCAGCGUCGGCUCAUAUGAGCUCCAGUAUACCAUCUUCACUGGCCAGGCCAACUUUAUCAGUCUCUACAACUCUAUGGACAGCUGGAUGAUUGUCCCCAACAUCAAACAGAACCAUUAUACGGUGCAUGGGUUGCAAAGCGGCACACGGUAUAUCUUCCUCGUCAAGGCGAUCAAUCAGGCUGGCAGCCGAAACAGUGAGCCUGCCAGACUCAAGACUAACAGCCAGCCUUUCAAGUUGGACCCUAAAAUGGCUCACAAGAAGCUGAAGAUUUCCAACGAUGGACUUCAGAUGGAGAAAGACGAGAGCUCCCUGAAAAAGAGCCACACCCCCGAGAGGUUCAGUGGAACAGGCUGCUAUGGGGUCACGGGGAAUGUGUUCAUUGACAGUGGCUGCCAUUACUGGGAGGUGACUCUAGGAACCUCCACCUGGUACGCCAUCGGCAUUGCCUACAAAUCAGCCCCUAAGAACGAGUGGGUCGGCAAGAACUCCUCCUCUUGGGUUUUCUCCCGCUGCAACAACAGCUUUGUCGUGCGGCAUAACAACAAGGAGAUGCUGCUUGACGUUCAUCCCCAGAUGAAGCGCUUGGGCGUCCUCCUGGACUAUGACAACAAUGUCUUCUCCUUCUACGAUCCUGCCAACUCGCUCCAUCUCCAUACGUUUGAGAUUGCUUUCAUCCUGCCUGUCUGCCCUACCUUUACCAUUUGGAACAAAUCAUUAAUGGUGAUCACGGGUCUUCCUGCUCCAGACUUUAUAGACUACCCGGAACAGCAGGAGUGCAACUGCCGGCCUCAAGAGUCCCCGUAUGUAUCAGGAAUGAAAACCUGCCAUUGAGGACCCAAGAAGUCCUGUCUUUCCAGCCAAGUCUCUGGAGCAAUUGUGCAACUUAGAUGAGGCAAUGACCUUGUGUGUGUUUUGGAGGCAGUUGGCGGCCUGCAAGCUUCUCUCUUACUGAAAGUCCACCGCUCGUGCAUCGCUCGUGGUGCAUCGGUGUGGGUGGCAUUUCAUGGACCGGAUUUUUAAAACUUAAUUUUAUUUUAUUUUUUUUAAUUUUUUUUUGAUAGCACUACUGAAUUGUCUCCAAUGGAGUUGGCAUGUCUUGUUUGUCCCUAACAAGAGGAAGGGGUACCAUGGCAGGAUAUGGAGAUGGAUCGUGCCAUCUCAGCUGCAUGGGAAUCCAAAGUGCAACAUGGGUUUGGUUUUGUAAAACUGACAGAGGAGUCGGGGGGCGGGGGUGGGGGUUGUCAAGGUCUCCUAAGCUAUCAUUUGGGGAGAAUCGGAACCAAACAAAAUUGGAACCCAAGCCAUUGCCUAGAAAAUACAGGUCCGGGUCCCUUAUUACCCCAUAACAAUUGUACAUGGGGGAGGCGGGGGCAACAUGAAUUUAGUACUCUGCAAAUAUUCCUCUUGCACAUUAACAGAUAUAUGGAAAAAAAGGAGUUAGCCCAUAGGAAACGGCCCUUUCCCAAAGCCCUAAAUCUCCAAAUUUGUCAUCAGCCAUAUUCCUUCCAAUCAUAUCUACUCCAGCACGGUGGUUCUAAACAAGGAUUGGCCCAUAUAGACUUCUGCAUGUAGGUCAGUUCCCCUUGGCUGAUGUUAACACUGAACAUGUAGAGGCAUGAGGAGAGCAUCUGGUGCUCCAUAAGCACAGUCCGCUUUCUUCCCAACCCGGUCUGAAUGAAAGGAGAUGAGAUCCAUGUAGACCUACUCUAUGCACCCAGUGUGCAGAUGUUGCAAAAGCUUGGCUAACUGAAGCUUUCUUUGUGCACUUUUACACACAGUGGGAGCCCGCUGCUGCUAGCAAACUAACUGUUCUUCCUACCCAGAAGCGCCUUCUGGGCAGGGAAUUUUGUAAACAAGUGGAAAGUCCAAGGGCUGUAAGGAAUGUAUUUUAUUCAGAAAUGGAUGAGGUGAUCCUGCCCUAAAAGCUAGAAUAACUUCAGGCUUUUGAAAUGCAACAGAUUCUCUUCCUUAGGUCAUAGAUUUUAUUAGAGGAAAAGAGGCCAACCCAAGCCCAACCUAACCCAACCCAGCCCAAGCCCAAGGCCAACCCAAGCCCAACUCAACCCAACCCAACCCAAGCCCCAACCCAAGCCCAAC